ACAAUAUUAGUCAAUAAAGCAAUAAACUUUUCUUUAAAUAUUUCUCUCUCCUCCGUUUCGAUUUCUAUCAUGGUAUUAGAGCAAUAAGCUCAUGUUUCUUCUUUUAUCAUUGCUUGGUUACUGAGUUGGAUUUUCAGAUCUAUUCUGAAUCUGAAACUUUGUUGUUGGAUUCUUUUCUUCUAUAGAUUGGAUUGUUUAUUCUCAAUUCUCACAUCUUCUUUGAGAGAUUUUUUUCAGUAUUGACCCACAAACAUGACAACUUCUUGGAACUGGUCGCAAGAUACAUUUAAUGAGCUCCAUGAUGCCUCUCCACAUCCUUCACUUGGUUUUAUAGAAGAUGUUCUACCUGUUGGUAAGGCAUCAAACAAUGCUGAGUCUUCUUCCCUUACCUCUUCUGUAUCACUUGUUGGAUCUAACCCUGUUAAUAUUGAACCUGAAAAUGAGAUUCUUAAUCCACCUUCAGGUCAUCAUACUCAGCCUCUAGUUGGUCGUAAAUUGGUGUACAAGAUCAAAACUCGGUCUAAUGGUUCCGUGGAGCGUUACAAGGCUUGUUUGGUUGCUAAAGGAUUUACUCAGGAAUAUGGGAUUGAUUAUGAGGAAACCUUUGCACCUGUUGCUCAUCCUACUUUACUUCGUAGUAUUCAUGAUCUUAAGCAAUUUCUCAGUCAUAAGUUUGAGAUGAAAGAUCUUGGUGUUUUGAGCUAUUUCUUGGGACUUGGGGUCACCUCUUCUGAUGAUGGUUAUCUUCUCUCCCAAACAAAAUAUGCUUCUGAUCUUAUAUUUAAAGCUAGACUCACUGACAGUAAAACUGCAUCUACUCCUCUUGAGCCAAAUGUUCAACUUACAUCUAUGGAUGGUUCUCCAUUAGCUAAUCCUACUCGCUACAAACAGGUGGUUGGAAGUCUGAUUUAUCUCACUACAACACAACCAGAUAUAGCUUAUGCAGUUCAUGUUGUUAGCCAGUUUAUGGCUACGGUUCGCUCCACUUACUAUGCAACAGUACUUCGCAUUAUUUGGUAUAUUAAAGGUAUCAUGUUUCAUGGGCUUCACUUUUCUACUCAUUCAUCUCUUGAACUUUGUGCUUACUCUGACGCUGAUUGGGCUGGAGACUCUAAUGAUCGUAAAUCCACCACUAGAUAUUGCCUUUUUCUUGGUGAUUCCUUAAUCUCUUAGUGUAGCAAAAGGCAGAUAGUUCCAUCAUGUUUUAGCAUAAAGGCUGAAUAUCGAGCACUUGGAGACGCCACAUCAGAGUUACUUAAUUUACAUUGGCUAUUAAAAGAUAUGGGUGUUU